GGGAGCGGGGCUACGGCGGGACAGCGACAUGACUGGCCACUUGAAACAGCCGAGCGGGCGCGGGAACCCAGGCCCUGGGUCCUCGCCUUCUUCCCCAGGCCCCGGCCCGGGCCCGGGCUCGUCCUCGACGUCGGAGCGGGUGGCGCUCAAGAAAGAGAUCGGGCUGGUGAGCGCUUGUACCAUCAUUAUCGGGAACAUCAUUGGCUCUGGUAUCUUCAUCUCGCCCAAGGGUGUCCUGGAGCACUCAGGCUCUGUGGGUCUGGCGCUCUUCGUCUGGGUCCUGGGUGGAGGCGUGACGGCUCUGGGCUCCCUCUGCUACGCAGAGCUGGGAGUCGCCAUCCCCAAGUCAGGAGGGGACUACGCCUAUGUCACCGAGAUCUUCGGGGGCCUGGCGGGAUUCCUGCUGCUCUGGAGUGCUGUGCUCAUCAUGUACCCUACCAGCCUGGCCGUCAUCUCCAUGACCUUCUCCAACUACGUGCUACAGCCUGUCUUUCCCAACUGCAUCCCCCCCGCCACCGCCUCCCACGUGCUGUCCAUGGCCUGCCUCAUGCUGCUGACGUGGGUGAACGGCUCCAGCGUGCGCUGGGCCACACGCAUCCAAGACGUCUUCACAGGCGGGAAGUUGCUGGCCCUGUCACUCAUCAUUGGCGUUGGCUUUGUGCAGAUCUUCCAAGGACACUUCGAGGAGCUGAAGCCCAGCAACGCCUUUACCUUCUGGAUGACGCCCUCCGUGGGUCACCUGGCCCUGGCUUUCCUCCAGGGCUCGUUCGCCUUCAGCGGCUGGAACUUUCUCAACUAUGUCACGGAGGAGCUAGUUGACCCUCGCAAAAACCUACCUCGUGCCAUCUUCAUCUCCAUCCCACUGGUGACCUUCGUGUACACAUUCACCAACAUCGCCUACUUCACCGCCAUGUCCCCCCAGGAGCUGCUGUCCUCCAACGCCGUGGCUGUGACUUUGCUUCUCUGGAGCCCGAGAGGGACACUUGCCCAGCCUGCUGGCCAUGAUACAUGUCAGACGCUGCACCCCUAUCCCUGCUCUCCUCGUCUGUUGCGGGGCCACAGCGGCCAUCAUGCUCGUGGGAGACACGUACACGCUCAUCAACUACGUGUCCUUCAUCAACUACCUCUGCUACGGCGUCACCAUACUGGGUCUGCUCGUGCUGCGCUGGAGACGGCCAGCGCUCCACAGGCCCAUCAAGGUGAACCUCCUCAUCCCCGUGGCGUACUUGUUGUUCUGGGCCUUCCUGCUGGUCUUCAGCUUCAUCUCGGAGCCCAUGGUCUGUGGGGUUGGCAUCAUCAUCCUCCUCACAGGGGUCCCCAUCUUCUUCCUGGGAGUGUUCUGGAGAAGCAAACCAAAGUGUGUGCACAGACUUAUAGAGUCCAUAACAUGCUGGGGCCAGGAGCUGUGUUUCGUGGUUUACCCCCAAGGUUCCCUGGAGGAGGAGGAAAAUGGCCCCGUGGGCCAGCCCUUCCCACUGCCCGCCAUGGACAAGCCCUUGAAGACGCAGUGAGACCUUGUAGAGACCGCAGCAGCUGUUUCUGUUUACAUGUCGUUUAUUACUGAGGGGUUUCCUUUUUUUGCAACAACAAUUUUUUUUUUUUCUGGAAAAGAGAUUCGACCCUUAAGAGGCGUGUUGUAAAGAAGCCACUGGGCAAAGGCUUCCUGCCUUAGUGCUGCCCUGCUAGCUUUUCCUGAAAAGUCUAUAAAUAAACAGGGCUGGUUGUUGCUUGUGCAC